GGAAAAAAAAUAAAAGCUUUAAAUUAUAAAAAAUAAUAAAUUAAAAGAUCAAAAACAGAGAAAAGAAUACAACUUACUAAAAAUAAAAUGUUCAAAAAACUUUUUGGAGGUAGCGAAAAGCCUUAAAAAGAAGCUCCCAAGCCAUAGCCUGCUUAAUAACCAGCCAACUAAGCUGCUAACUAUUAAAUGGAGUUUGAAAGACUUUAGUAUUAAAUAAAGUUAUAAGAAGAUAAUUUUGAAAAGAAGAUUGACAAGUAUACCGAAAGAAUUGAUACAUUGAGAGGUACCGUAAAAGAAUUAGUAAGAAAUGGAAAAAAGAAAUAAGCCACAUUCAAAUUAUAAGAAAUAUAAUAACUUGAGUAAUACAUUAAUAGAGCUGAAAAUCAAAAGCAAGUCUUCUUGAAGGUUCGUAUGCAACUUGAACAUGGAUUAGAAAAUAUGAAUUCUACUGAAGUUUUGUCUAAAGCUGCUUAAGUCUUAAAAGCUACCACAGAUUUUGAUAAGCUAGAAGAAACUUUAGGUGAAUUGCAAGAUAUGGAUGCAGACCAAAAGCAAAUUGAUUAGAUGUUUGAGCAAUAAGCAUAAUUAGGAGUUAACAGCAGUGAAAUUGAAGACGAACUUGCAGCCAUUGAAAACGAAUUAAAAUAAGAAGAAGCCAACAAAUUAAAUACUCAAAUUAAUAAUAUCCCUGUUGCCAAUGUUAAUGUUUAAUAAUAAUAACAUGCAGUAGCUUAAUAAUAACCUGCCUAAAAAUAGAAGCAAGAUGAUGCCUUUAGUAAUGCUUUAUUAGAUUAACUUGCACUUUGA